AGUUUUUUCUUGGAGGACGAAUCCGGGACCCACGAUUUUUGACACGAAAGCCCGGCUUUAAGAAUCGUAUCCACUUACCCGCUAUAGACAAUAUAGAUAAUACAGGGUAAUUUUAAAGUGGUUCGGAAGUUAUAGUCAAAUUAUUGCUUUUUUGGAACCGUUUUUUUUUAUAAAAACCCCAAAAAGUCGAAAAGGGGCCUAAAUUAUUAGCACAUAUUGUAGCAUUUUGGAAAGGUAAGAGCGUCAGCAAUGGGACUUUUUGGGGUUUAUAUAAAAAACAGGUCCAAAAAAUCAAUAAUUUGACUAUAACUUCCGAACCACUUAAAAAUUACCCUAUAUUACUUUCGGGUCGAAGAUCUGGGGUCCGUCCCCCAAGAAAAAAAAUAGUUUCCCGGAACCAGGGUAAAAAUAACUACCUCUAGAAAAAAAAUUCGAAGAGUUUUUACUAAACUACAGUUAAGCCAAAGAGAGACUAAUCUUACCUUUCGGAGGUUCUUAUGAUUCUUCUUGGCCGACCUUACCUAGGAGUUAGCAACAUCAGCGACGAUGUAAUCAACCAAUUUCAAUUGACAUUUGAAUUGGUUCAAUUUGAGGAAUUGUCAAUUGUUUCGUUCACAAACUGUUCAGCAUUUUAUAUUUCUGAAAAACUAUUUGAUGAUUAAGCAUUUGCACCAAUGUUGGGCGACAGGAAUGGCAUUUGUGGUACUGCUUACCAACAAAGACUUUUGGCUGAGCUGCCCUUUCUUAAGUAAUCCUGUAGAUAGAAAAACAACAAUUGUAGAUUUAUGGUAUGGAAGGUACUGUGAACAGAGCAAUGGCAUUAAAACAAAUUAAAAGCCAAAAUGCAAAUGGAAGUGUGUUCUGAACAUUGUCUUCAAUCUCAAGUUCAGGAGCGAUAAAUUUGCAACAGACUGCCAUGAAUGGAAAAAGUUGAAAAGGUGUGGUCGCGAUCGUCACCGUAAGGACAGCUUUACCUCAAAUUUAAUAACCUACAUUAUUUCUCUUUUACGUAAGAGAUCAACUGCAGGAACUUUUGGUGCGCAGAACAUAAAAGAAAUUGCAGUUUUUUGAUUAAAAUAUAAAGCAAGUAGUCCAAAAAAAUCAUAGUUGUUUCCCAAUAAUAGUGCUUCUAGCAAACACUUAUAUUUAUUUUGCAUUUUUUAGUAUUAGUGUUUGUUGUUGUUUAUUUGCAGAACAGAAUUUUUUGUCAAAAUUGGCAAUUGGUUUAUGUUAAUAAUGACCACUGCCCUGGAAAAUUGAAAUUAUAUAUUGGCUGUGGAAUUAUGACUGAAGAAAAUAAUAUAAAUAAAGCUCAUGAAAUAAGAAUAUCUCCCGAAGAUGAGAAAUACUACACUGCCUGUGCCCAAUAUAUUAUGGAAAGGAACGAAGAACAUUUCUUUGCCGUAACUAGAAUGACCGUUGAUAAUUACAAUUUAUUGUUUUCAAUAUUAGAAGACAAAUUGGAAAGGUUUUCUAACCGAAGGCCCAUAGGGUCGGAGACUCGUUUGGCCGUUACAGUAAUUUUUUUGGCAAAUGACUGCAAUGUUCAAGUUCUUGCUUUGGUGUACAAUAUAGGAAUUUCAACAGUGCGCAAAGUAAUAUCUGAAACAUGUGAUGAUAUUUGGAAUGGACUUCACCCUGUGUUCAUGUUGCCGCCCAACAAACGAGAGUUCAAAAUUAUUGCGAAAGAAUUUUACGCCAAUACGUCCUUGCCCAAUUGUUUAGGCGUACUGGGUGCAAAGGAUAUACGUAUCGCUUCUUCGCAUAACUCGAAAACAACCAUUAGUGUGAUACUUUUGAUAAUUUGUGAUGCGAAUUACGUUUUUACACAUGUACAUGUUUGUGCAUUAAGUAAUGAUAUAGAGGGAGGUAUACUUGCACAAAGUGAGUUCGGACAAAAAAUAUUGGAUGACAGUUUAGAUAUCCCGUGCAAUGAAAAGCUACCAGGAUCAAGAACAAUUUUCCCCUAUUAUUUUGUUGCUGAUAGAACUUUUCCCUUAAGAGAGAAUGUGAUGCGACCAUUUCCGGGAAAUAAUUUAACACAAGGAAAAGAAAUAUUCAAUUCAAUGUUAUCCAACGCCCAAGAAAUUAUAGAAAACGCAUUUGGCAUUUUAUCUAACAGAUGGAAAAUAUUACACACAAAAGCUAAUAUAAGCCCUGAAAUGGCGGAGAAAUAUAUACUAGCUACUGUGGCUUUGCAUAAUUUUUUAAUGAUAAAAAAUGAUAAUAAUUAUUUUACUAGUGAACUGAUUGACCAUCAGAUUGGUGAUCGUAAAAUUCUUGGAAAAUGGAGGGAAGAACACAGUUUCCUUCCCACUUAUACAUCUACAUCAACUUUCCGUUCAUCAUCAGAAGCAUUUUUAUUACGGGAAGAGUUAAAAGAAUAUUUUCUAAAUAACUUGAAUUGAGUACACUUUGUUUUCCUUUUGAAAUAAAAGAUUGAAACUGA